AUGAGAAUCACCAUAAAUAACGAGGUUACAGACGAUUUCUUGACGCUAGACGUCAGUGCAGACAUGGAGCUGAAGGACCUCACUGCUUUACUACAACUAGACUGCGGAUUUGACAGCGAGAUUCACGAAAUCUGGUUUGCCAACCGUGUCCUUGAUCCAAAGGGUUCCAACAGCUUGGAACAAACGGGUUUGGUCAACGAUGAACUCGUAGCCAUCAAGACCAAGAAAAGGGCCUCUGGCCUCGUUUCAGGCGGCGAAAACUCUGCACAAUACGCUAUGAUAGAGCACUUUAGACAACAGGUAGCCCAAAACCCAGUGGUUCGUUCACAACUGGCAAGCACAAACCCUGAAUUUGCCAGUAUAGUGGACGAUCCCGUAGCCUUUCGCGAAAGAGCAGGACCUAACAUCCUGCAGAGCCUAAACCCACAGGGAUCUCCGCAGAAUCCAUUCGGCAUUCCGCAGCAGGAAUACAAUCAGUUGAUGCAAAACCCAGACUAUCCUGCUAACCAGGAACGCAUUAACGAGCUCAUCAGCCAGCAGGAAAUAGACGAACAGAUGCGUAAUGCGCUGGAAUUCACCCCGGAGGUGUUCACACCGGUACACAUGCUAUACAUCAAUCUCGAAAUCAACGGCACGCCCGUGAAGGCGUUCGUGGACUCCGGGGCUCAAACUACCAUUAUUUCAACAAGACUGGCGCAGAAGACGGGGCUUUUUAGGCUGAUUGACAAGCGCUUCCAUGGUGAAGCACACGGCGUGGGCGUUCAGAAGAUUCUGGGCAAGAUUCACGUUGCACAAGUGAAGAUUGAAACCCAGUUCAUUCCUUGCAGCUUCACUGUCAUCGAUACGCAUGUGGACAUGCUACUUGGGCUCGAUAUGUUGAAGAGACACCAAUCCUGCAUCGACCUGAAGGACAACGUACUGCGGAUUGCGGGCGCAGAGACCAGGUUUUUGAGCGAAGCGGAGCUGCCCAAAGAUUUCGAUGCCAAAACGUUGAGUGCCACCGCUGCAGGAGAAACAAGCGUGCAGACGCCUGUCCAGGGUUCUGGAAGUGCUGCCGCUCCUCCAAAAGUUAACUCUGCUCCUGCGGCUGCGGCAGCUCCGCAGAGACAGUACCCAGAAUCUUCUGUCAAGCAGCUGAUGGACCUUGGAUUUUCAAGAGCAGAAGUUCUACAGGCAUUGCAUCAAGCAAAUGGAAACGCUGAAAUUGCAGCAGCCUUGCUUUUCCAGUGA